AUGGCCACCGCCGCUGCCGCCGUUUCUCGCAGCGUGGUGCUCUGCCGCCCCAACAUCCGGGAGCUUACCUCUCUGCGCCGAUUCUCUUGUCGGAUCCCCGAUGUGUCUCCCCUUCUACGCCGCCGCCGCGCCGCCGCGUCUCUCCACACCCUGGAAGGCGGCGAGGCGGCGGCGGCACCCCCCCCUCCCGCCGCCGCCGCCGCUGCCCGCCGCCACAACGUGGUGGACAUCCUCAAGGAGAGGGGCCUCCUGGAUUCGGUCACCGGGGAGGACCUCCUCCGGUCGGCCUGCGCCGGCGGCGCGGUCGGCGUGUACUGCGGCUUCGACCCGACGGCGGAGAGCCUCCACCUGGGGAACCUCCUGGGCAUCAUCGUGCUCUCCUGGUUCCGGCGGUGUGGUCACCGGGUCUUCGCCCUCAUCGGCGGCGCCACCGCCCGCGUGGGGGACCCCUCUGGGAAGAGCCUGGAGCGGCCGGAGCUGGACGCCGCCGCCGUCGAGAGGAACAGCGCCGCAAUCCGAGAGAUAAUCUCCAGGAUCCUCGGAGAGUCAUCCUCCCCGUCCCCAUCCUCCAGUGGGCCCUUCGCCAUCGUCGAUAACUACGACUGGUGGAAGGAGAUGAAGCUGCUAGAUUUCCUCCGGGAGGUGGGGAGGUUCGCCAGAGUGGGGACGAUGGUGGCCAAGGAGAGCGUGAAGAAGCGGUUGACCUCCGAGGAGGGUAUGAGCUACACGGAGUUCACCUACCAGCUGCUCCAGGGCUACGACUUCCUACACCUGUUCAGGAGCAUGGGGGUUAACGUCCAGAUCGGGGGGAGCGACCAGUGGGGGAACAUCACCGCCGGCACGGAGCUGAUCCGCAAGGUCCUGCAGGCCGAGGGGGCCCACGGGUUGACCUUCCCGCUCCUGCUGAAGAGCGAUGGCACCAAGUUCGGGAAGAGCGAGAGCGGCGCCGUCUGGCUGGCCGCCGCCAUGCUGCCCCCCUACCAGUUCUACCAGUACUUCUUCUCGGUGCCCGACGCCGACGUGGUGAGGUUCUUGAAGAUGUUGACUUUCCUGUCCAUGGCGGAGAUCCGGGAGGUGGAGGAGGGGAUGAAGCUGCCCAGCUACGAUCCCAACUCCGCGCAGAGGAAGCUGGCGGAGGAGGUGACCCGCUUCGUCCACGGCGAGGAGGGCCUCGGGGAGGCGCGGAGGGCGACGGCGGCGCUGCGGCCGGGGGCGGCGGCGGAGCUGGAUUCCGCCGUCAUCGAGGCCAUCGCCGAGGGGGUGCCCUCCUGCGAAAUGAGCUACGAUUUGGUGGUGGACUUCCCGCUGGUUGACCUCUCCGUGUCGUCGGGUCUGCUCACCAGCAAGUCAGCGGCCCGCAGGAUGCUCCGGCAGGGGGGGCUCUAUCUGAACAACCAGAGGGUUGACUCCGAGGACAAGGUCGUCCAGCCCGGCGACGUCGUUGACGGGAAGCUGCUGCUGCUCUCCGCCGGGAAGAAGAACAAGAUAGUGAUCAGAGUCCUCGCCUCCUAA